AUUUUCUUUUCAGAAGUCCUAGAAAUACAAAUGUAAGUAAAAAAAGAUGCAAUCAAGAGGAAGAAAAAAAGGAGAGAAGAGGGGUUAUCGGUUCCAGGAUUCGCCGCUGAGGCGUAAUCGCAGCGGGGCGGAAAGAUGGACCAAGAUGGACGCGAUCAGACGCAAUUAGGAGAAGGAAAGCUCGCGGAGGCGGCGAGUGACGACGUAGAGAGUCAGCUGAGACGGAGCGGCAGAGUCCCGGAUGCCCGUCCACCGUGAUCGUCGUCGUCAUCGCGCGAGACCUGACGAGAAUGUCGUGCCGCGAUCCCGACAAUCUUAUGGUGAGCACGAGCGACGACGACGAGAGGUUCGACUACCUGUUCAAGAUCGUGCUGAUCGGCGACUGCGGCACGGGCAAGACCUGCGUCGUCCAGCGCUUCAGGUCCGGCACGUUCGUCGAACGUCACGGCAACACCAUCGGCGUCGACUUUACCAUGAAGACCGUCCUCAUAGACGGCAAGAGAAUCAAGCUACAAAUUUGGGAUACUGCGGGACAAGAAAGAUUCCGAACGAUAACUCAAAGUUACUAUAGAUGUGCAAAUGGGGUAAUUGUAGUUUACGAUAUUACAAAGCGAUCAACAUUUUUAAGUUUGCAACGUUGGGUGGAAGAAGUCCGGAGAUAUUCAUCGUCACAUGUACUAUUAGUGUUAGUUGGUAACAAAUGCGACUUGGAAAAUCUGCGAGAAGUGCAGAAGGCAGAGGCUGAAGCUCUAUGCGAAUAUCUGCCUGAAGUUUUGCACGUAGUGGAAACCUCAGCCAAAGAUAAUACAAAUAUAGAUUCCAUUUUUUUCUAUCUGGCAUCUGAACUUAAGAGACGACACGAUAACCGUCAGAUUAGCGCGAACGAUGACGAUGUAGUGAAACUAGGUGCCGGACGAGAUCUGUCUUCUUGUUCAGGCUGUCCAGGCUAUAAAAUCUUUUGAAUCGUUUAUAUUUCUUUUCCAUCGACGCGUACCGUUUUUGGAUGACUCAGAUAUUCAUAAACGUUUUAGUAAUAAGGUAAAAGACAGUCGAUGAACAAAUAUAUUAUCUAGUGAGAAAUUGUUACAAUAUAAAUUUUUUACUACUCUCUAAGAUUGAAAAAUUAGAAAUCACAGUAUAUAAAAGAUUCAUAAGGCAAUUUUUGGCGACAGUUUGGUACCAAGGUUGUUAUUGAUAGAGGCGGAGUUUAUUCUGGUGCAUAAUCAUCAUAUACCAUGUUUCAUUACUUGGUAUAGCAUUGCAUCAACCAGCUAGAUACUAAAACUGCUAGUUUCUAUCACAAACUAUCAAACGUGAAAAUGUUCUGGUAGAAUUUGAUAUAUUUUGGUUGGUAUGCCACUGUUACGCCAAAAAUCACCUAUUGUUUAAACUUCUUACAAAAAUGUUACUGUCUUUUAUCUUAUUCAUAACUAUACAUACAAGUUAAAAUAUAUCUCCAGAAACUAGAACAAUCAAUGUCACUCUAAUGAUAUAGAAGAAAAUUUAUAUGCCAAAUUUACACAAAAGAAAUUCUCUUUUUAUUUUAAUAGAACGAACAUUGGCUUUUCUAGUCUGAAAGAUACAAAUCUCAUAUUAAAGAUAUCAUUUUUAAAAUAGGAUAGCUCAUUUUUUUACUCUAAAAGCUCAUAGUUCCAGAAAGAGCAUGUUUGUAGUAUAUUUUUAUAUUCGUUUUAACAAACACAGGUACAAAUUUAUAUAUACGCACGUACAUAUUGAUACUUUACAAAUAUUGUGACAACCUGAAGAGAUCCUUAACAUCCUUGUGCCUUAAAAAUUCGUAGUAAAUGUCACAUGUUCUCUCAUAACGAGCGCACAGAUAUAAGCGAAGUGCAAUCGAGAAUAUCACGAGAGAUUAAAUUGUUAAUAGUAUAAUUCAAUUCUUUCCUGUUUCUUUAUUUAUUUAAUUUAUUUAUUCGCAUGAAUGUUACGGCGAAUGCGAAGGUUUAGCUUCUCGAUCGCCAAGCACCCAUUCGAAUUACAAGGUUGUAAAUAUUUAUCCUUAGUCAUACAUUCUCAGCGCACGUUUCACGUUGAGAAGUAGUUGUCUCGUUCUCAGCCUUUGAUCAAUUUAAAUGAUUGCACUCGCCGCUAGCGCAUUGAGAAUGCAAAUAUAGAACGCGUCUUGUGACUAGACAGACGCAGUUGUGUUAUUUAUGAACGAACAAAUAUAACGAAUCUCUAUAAUAGCACUUAAAUAAAAAUCACUGUAAUGUAUAUUUUUUAAAAUACUUAUAUUACACAUAAGUAUACGUGCAUACGUGCGUAUUAUAAUACUCAUUGGGAGUCAAAAUCAUUAUUUUAUAUAUCAAAGUAAAAUACGUCAAAAAAUAACAUACGUAAUCCAGGAGGACGUAAAUCUCUAUUGCCUUAUGCGCAAAUAUUGCCAAAACGUACGAAAAGUGUUCUCACAAUUUAAGAUCUUUGUUAAUUUGCAUAAAUAUGCAUACAUAUCUCUCUCAUUGUAUAGAUCUUUCAUAUAACAUAAAAAUAUUUCCCCGAAACAUAAGAAGCAAUCUCAUCUUCCAUUGCACUAUCAAUUAGGUAGAAUUAUCACUUGAAUUAUAUGCGAAAACAGAAAAUAAUGUGAGAUAUAAAUUUAUAUCAUUUGAAUAUUAUAUAUAAUUAUAUAUAAUAUAUAUGAUACAAAGUAAAGUGGUGUAAAGAGAAUUGUCAUAAAAUAAUUAAACUCUUUUGUAUUAUAUAUAAAUACAAUUGGAAAAUAUAUAUUUCGCUAAAAAAGAUACACAUGAUAUGCAAUGUAAUGAUAAUAGCUUUGUUGUGAUUUUGAUGACAGACUUUAUUAUAUUGCGUUUGAUACAUCGGAAAUAUCAUAUAUUGUUAAAAUUCUAUAAUUUGUAAUAAAUAAAUUGUUUUUGUACUUGUCGCAAGUCUUUUAGAAAUUGAUUGUUGUCAACCAAUCAAUUGGCUUCAGCUUUGUUACAUAUUAAUAAACAUUAUGCGAUUGAUUUUAUACAAAAUGUACGCAUUAAUUAUACUAUUUUAUACAUAACGAAUUUUUUCGAUAAAUUGCAUGUUAAAAUAUUGAUAUUUAUCACAAUAAACUGAGAUUCUCUAACUGUAACUUUCUACGAGAUAUUUUUUAAGCAGAAAAUUAGUUUAUUUUUUUAUUAUACUCUUUAUUUAUAUGUUAAUUCUCAUUUCAGAAUCUCAAUUCCUUUAUUGCAUUCGGGAUAAUUAUUAAUAAGUAUCUCACUCGACUGAUAGGAAAAUGUACAUUAAUAAUUCAAAAAAUGUUUUUUUAAAAACAUUUUUUCUUUAUUUCAAAGUUGUUUAUUUCAGUAUAAACGAACAUGCUGACUAGCAUAUACGUAUGUAAAUGACAUUAUAAGGCCAUACAUGAUGAAUUGCAAAUAUAAGGCCAUAUGCGUAUCGUGUAAACUCUCAGUAUACAGAAUACUAACUAUAAUAAUAUUUAUUUGGUUUUAUUGCAUAAAGAUAAUACUUUAUUGCAGAUUUAACAGACGUAUAAAUCAAAAAAAAUAAAACGAGGUAGAGAAGACAUAAUUCAACCUAACAUUCGUUUAUAUACUUGAAGAGAUUGAUCGCACAUUGAAAAACAUACAAACUGAUAUAUAAAUAUAUAAAUCUGGGGAAAAUUAAUUUUCCUUUAAUAAAUUAUUAUAUAUAUACACAUGUAUAUGUAUUAUUAUUUAAUAAAAAUUAAGAUGUCUAUAGUUAAUCUGCUUCUAUUGCAGUUGUACAAUAUAAAGAAUCUUAAAUGUCAGUACCAAAGGUGAAAUAACAUCUCAGCUUAUAUAUCGUAUAUUUUUUAAACGAGCUGCAAAUAGCACACAAGUACACGAAUGUAUAAAAAAUUCCUCUAUUUUUUCUCUAUUAUAUAUAACAGUCUGUAUAAGGCACUUUGCGCAAUGCUACUUCCUAUGUCACAAUGCAAUUAUGCCAUUAUAAUAAAAAAAAUAGAUAUAUAAAUAUCAUCAAACUAUAACAUGAUUGAUAAGCUUCGGCGAAUUAUAUAUUAUAUUUAAAAGCAUAUUCGCGUAAUUGACGAUGUAAGGAACAACUGACGUUGCAUAAAAGUUACCCUGUGUAAAUUAGCGAACAAGAUACACAGAUAAAUUUGUUCAUCAAAAUAUUUUUCAUUAAAAUUAUAUAAAGGAGAG